GAAAAGGAUUACGCACCUCGAAUCAUCCGACCUGUGGCAUUUGAAUUGAAAGCAAUAGAGCUCCGAUUCGAAAAGCUACUGUAGGCAUUCCGCUCAACGAAUAAUUUCAAGAAGAACAACGAUGGUUCGGAAAUGGUUGAAAAGUCUGUCUUUAAAAAAUCUUGUGAAGACGAAUAACUCAAACGGCAGUGAAGAUGAAGCCGAAUUCGGAUCAAAUGAAUCGAGCCCGAAGAACCUCGUCCAGGAAAGAAAACUCAACGCAGAAGACUCGAAGACUUUUACCAAAAAUAGCAGUCAUGAAAGCAUAAUAGCUGGCAGGAAAAUUAAAGGCGCGUCGAAAAAUAAUCAACGCGAAGAUGAAGUAAUUGUAGCUAAAAACGUGUCUCCAAAAACGAAACUUCGGAAGGAUGACCUAAGUGAAGAUGGUUCAUCGCUAUCAGGCACUCUAUCCACGAAGAAGAAAUAUCGGAACAUCAACCAAGAAGAAGACGCAUUACAAGCUAGGGCCCCGUCCACCGAAGAGAAGAGCGUGCGUGCCGAUAACGAAGUAGGGUUGCAGAGCACAGACUACAAAAAAUCUAGCAAAAAGGAUCCCGGUCGAAGACAAAGGGAUACGUCGGAGUUCGAAGGGAGUAGUCAGAAUAAGAGCAACGAUGGCGAUGAUAAGAAAGAUGAUCGCUCGCAUCGUAGUGGCAAGAAAAAGAAGUCCAAGCGAAAACUGAUUGACGGGAAUAAUGAUGUCGUUGAAGUCGAUGAGAAAGACCUUGUGAUUCAAAAUCUUUCACAACAGCUGGAAAAAAAAGAAAGGACAAUAUGUGCCUUAAACGAUACGGUGGAAAAAAUGCAAAACCAACUCGAGGUUAUGGAAUUAAUUCUAGAGAAUAGCCAGAGAAUGAAUCGGACUAUUGAAGUCGAGGACAAUGCUUCUCUAGAUGACAAAGAAGUUUUUGACAUACCUCCAAAAGGAAAUCCUCCCAAAGCUCCAUUUUUGGUAGCUGCAUUGAAGGCNGAAGCAUACCUUACGAUAGGUACGUAGGAAUGGUAUGAUCCUUCAUUCAUUUCUUCGGACCUUCGUAUUGUAUACGUACGUAUCCUAUCCGGUACAUACGUAUCCAUUGCAUGCUUCCGUAUCAUCAGGGAACAAAUGUCUGUGAGACGGACAAGUUUGUGAUUUCAAUGCAAACAAGGUUCGAACCUUUGUCACCACGUGCCGUCGAAAAGUUGCUUGUUUCUGCGAAAGCGUAUGACCAUGGAGAUCCUGAUUUCGCUGUUCCCAUAAAGAUAUAUGGGAGGU